AUGAGCACUUAUCGACGGCAUUCAGGCACUACUGACAGUGAUUCAGACGAAGAUGAUGAAAUUCAUCAAAAUGAUUCAAAUAUUUCGCCAACUCUAGCGAAACGUCGUGUAAGUUUUCUUCCGAAAAAGAAACAUCAUAUAAAUGGCAAUACAUCCAUUCCAACAUCACCAACAACUCCCAUGUCAACCACAUCCUCAGUUACAAGAAUGCGUCGUCGACGCCUACGUACAUCAAGUCGUUCAGGCGACGAUCGUAUAUCGUUUCGUGGACGAAAUCCAAUUUACACAGCAGGUCGCCCAGCUUGGUAUAAUGCAACGGGUGAAAUUAAAGAAGCUUUUGUUAUUGGUAUUUGCGGCGGCAGUGCAAGUGGUAAAACUACUGUCGCACAAAAUAUUGUUGAAAAAUUAAAUGUACCGUGGGUGACUUUAUUAAGUAUGGAUUCAUUCUAUAAAGUCCUUAGUGAAGACCAACAUCAUCAAGCUAGUGAAAAUAACUAUAAUUUUGAUCAUCCAGAUGCAUUUGAUUUCGAUCUCUUACUUGAAACACUGAAAAAUCUCAAAAUGGGUAAACAAGUCGAUAUCCCGCUAUAUAAUUUUAAUACUCAUUCACGUGAAUCUCAUACUAAAGUGUUAUAUGGUGCUAAUGUAGUCAUUUUUGAAGGCAUUUUAUCAUUUGCUAGUAAAGAAAUUCUUGAAAUACUUGAUAUGAAAGUAUUUGUCGAUACCGAUGCAGAUAUUCGUCUUGCACGUCGUCUUGAACGUGAUAUAACCGAACGUGGACGUGAUAUUGAAGGUGUUAUACAGCAAUAUACACGUUUUGUUAAACCGUCUUAUGAUCAUUAUAUAGCACCGACAAUGAUCUAUGCGGAUUUAAUUGUUCCAAGAGGUGGUGAAAAUAAAAUAGCUAUUGAUUUGAUUGUACGUCAUGUUAAUCGUGAGCUUCAAAAUCGUGGUGUGAAUGUAAGAACAGAACUUGUCAAUAAUCUUGGAUCUAUGCGUGAUUUACUUAUGCCUGAUACAUUUUAUAUUGUUGAACAAACUGCACAAAUAAAAUAUCUUCAUACAAUUAUAAGAAAUAAACAAACAGUUCGUGAUGAAUUUAUUUUCUAUUCUAAACGUCUUAUGAGAGUAUUGAUUGAAUACGCACUUUCAUUAUUACCAUUUGAAGAUGUUACAGUUGAAACACCUCAAGGUCUUAUAUAUAAAGGAAAAAAACAUGUAUAUGCUACUGUUUGUGGCGUAUCAAUUGUUCGAGCCGGUGAAUGUUUAGAGCCUGCAUUAAGUGAAGUUUGUAAAGAUGCAAAAAUUGGUAAAAUAUUAAUUCAAACAAAUCCAUCAACCGGUGAACCGGAGCUUCAUUUUCUUCGAUUACCUCGUGAUAUUGCUGAUGCUUAUGUAUUUAUUCUUGAUGCAACAAUUGCUACUGGAGCAGCAGCAUUAAUGGCAAUAAGAGUUUUAUUGGAUCAUAAUGUACCUGAAGAUAAAAUAGCGUUAUUGUCAUUGUUAGUCUCAAAACAAGGUGUUCAAACUGUUGCUUAUGCAUUUCCAAAAGUGAAAAUAGUAACAACAGCAUGCGAUACCCAACUUGAUCCAGAGUCAGGUUUUAUAUGUCCUGGUUUGGGUAAUUUUGGUGAUCGUUAUUUUGGUACUGAUCCAGUUGCAUCAGAUAAUGAAGAUGCAAUACUUGAUCCUAGUGGAAAUGUUAGUUCAGCAUCUGGUACACCCAAUUCACCUAAAACACCAUCUAAAUUAAAUCAUAAUAAUCGAGAUCUAUCACCGCCAGCUGCAUUACGAGCAGCUGAUCAUGAAGAUGUUUUUCAAACAAUAUAA